CAUUUGUAUCAUUUAUGAUUGUUUUCGAGACAUGUAUAUUACAACGAAUAAUCACUUUAUAGCAAAAAGCUUUAGGAUUUUAACGUUUUAUGGUGAAGAAACUUGUUUUUGUUGGAACAAAAAUAAACUCGUAAUAUUUCCAUAUAAAACUAAUGGUUCUGCGUCUGCUAGAAUUUUGACGGCUCCAGCUUCAAUAAAAACUAUACAAUGUUUUACUGGUCGAAUCUUUCUGAUUUGCGUUCCACAAGGUAUUUACAAGCUUUCAAGAGAUCUAGAAUUUGCUGUUUUAAGUAAAAGUGCAAUUGGAAUGGGCACUGUAUUUUAUGAAGUACUGACACCAAGGAAUAAAUAUCUUUACUUGGAUGAUAAACGAGAAAUGAGAAAUAAAAUAUUGUUUCAACUUUCUUCAGAGGAAAGUGAUUCACGUAAUUUAUGUGUAUAUCUGUUAAAUGUGGAAAAUGCUGCAGAAUCUUUUAUGAAGACUUUAACGAAUAACGAUUUAAAUGCACAGAGUUUAUGCAUCAUUGCAGAGGAAAAGAAACUUUUUACAUUAAUGAAUGAAACUGUCCAAUUAAUAUACAACAGUGUUUAUUCCAUUAGAGACAUAGUACCUAUACAAAAAAAUUCAAAAGUUGCAGGAUUAUUUCUUCUUACUAACACAGAUGUUAUUACUGUAAUACAUUCAGAAAAUAACAUGCUCAUUUUUGAAAAUGUUUGUUUAGGAACAAAGAUAGAAGCUAUUUGCAUUGGUUUUAAUCUAUCAUUCAAAGACACCUUAUGGAUAGUCUACUCAGAUGAAUCUAAACUAUAUUAUGCAAACAAAGAAUUGUCAACUGACAACAUCAAACAUAUAAAAGUUCAAGAUAAAAGUUUUAAUUGUCUCCAAUUCUAUGAUUCUAAGAUAAUUUUAGGUUUAACUACAAAUAAACAGUUAAUAGAGCUUUCAGUAGAUUCUAUAGAGAGAACACUAUCAUCAGAGAAUAACAAGUUUAUUAAUCUUCAUCCUGAUAUGUUAAAGGGUACAGAACUUAUAAUGGAUAAAAUUUAUAAAGGAACUCAAGAAUUGUGUAAUUUGAAUAAAACAUUAAUGAUCGAAGAAGAUAAAUUAAAAAGAAUAAACUUAUAUGCUCAUAAACAAAGAAUUCGAAUUUAUCCAAAAAUAUUGGUACAAAGAAUAGCUAAUCGAUUAUUUUUAUCCAUAAAUUUUCACGAUACGCUACCACAAAAUAGUUGGAUCGUUCUUAAUCUAAAAUUAAAUUGUCAGAAUAUGUUUUACACGAAAAAAGUAAUAGAUCAGGAAACCAUAAUCGAUAUUCACAUACCCGAAGAUGAAACACGAAAUUUCUCGCAGAUCACAGUAGAUUUAAUUGCCUUGAAGGAUAAAAACUAUCCUUGGUGUCUUGUAAGAGAUUAUCUGAUCGACCACCGUUCCGAGAAGAACAAGAAAAAAAGAACGAGGUCGGAUAAAAUUGAUUUUAUAAAUUCCCAAAUUGCUGUGCUUCAAAAUUUUAUAAAACAAGGAAACGUUGAUGUACAAAAAUUAUCCGAAAUUAAAAAACGUCUAAGAAAAGAAUUUAAUGAUAUAUAAAGUUUAAUAGCAAGAGAAUCGUGUAAUUUAACUUUAUA